AUGGCUCCGCGAAAGGACACGCCGUUCCGCUCGGCGGAGAUGAGCAUGGUGCAGCUUUACGUGUCGAACGAGAUUGGUCGGGAGGUUGUGACUGCGCUCGGAGAGCUUGGGCUGUGCCAGUUUCGCGAUCUCAAUGAGGAUGUCAGCGCCUUCCAGCGAACCUUUACUCAGGAGAUUCGACGCCUGGAUAAUGUCGAGCGGCAACUGCGUUACUUUUAUGCUCAGAUGGAAAAGGCGGGGAUUCCUUUGCGGAAGCUGGAUCUGGACGCCGAGAAGCUUGCGUCUCCGUCGACGUCGGAGAUUGACGAGCUCGCCGAGCGGGCCCAGAAGCUGGAGCAGCGCAUCUCCGCCCUCAACGACAGCUACGAGACGCUGAAGAAGCGCGAGGGCGACCUCACCGAGUGGCGCUGGGUCCUGCGGGAGGCCGGCAGCUUCUUUGACCGCGCCCACGGCAACGUCGACGAGAUCCGCGCGUCGACCGACGAGCAGGACGAUGCGCCCCUGCUGUCCGACAUGGAGCAGGCCAACUCCGCCCCGGACGUCGAGCGCUCGUUCUCCGGCAUGAACAUCGGCUUCGUCGCCGGUGUCAUCAAUAGGGACCGUGUCGCCGCUUUCGAGCGUAUCCUCUGGAGAACCCUGCGCGGAAACCUGUACAUGAACCAGUCUGAGAUUCCCGAGCCCUUGAUCGACCCGACCAACAACGAGGCCAUCCAGAAGAAUGUCUUUGUCAUCUUCGCCCACGGCAAGGAGAUCCUCAGCAAGAUCCGCAAGAUCUCCGAGUCCAUGGGUGCCGACGUCUACAACGUCGACGAGAACAGCGAUCUCCGCCGCGAGCAGAUCCACGAGGUCAACAACCGCCUCGAGGACGUCCAGAACGUCUUGCGCAACACCCAGGCCACGCUCGAGGCCGAGCUCACCCAGAUCUCCCAGUCGCUGGCCCCCUGGACGGUGCUCAUUGCCAAGGAAAAGGCCGUCUACAGCACGCUCAACAUGCUCUCGUACGACUCGGCUCGCCGGACGCUCAUCGCCGAGGCAUGGUGUCCCACCAACGACAUGCCUCUGAUCCGGUCGACGCUCCAGGACGUCACCAACCGAGCUGGCCUGUCCGUGCCCUCCAUCGUCAACGAGAUCAAGACCAACAAGAAGCCGCCCACCUACCUCAAGACCAACAAGUUCACCGAGGGCUUCCAGACCAUCGUCAACGCCUACGGCACCGCCACCUACCAGGAAGUCAACCCUGCCCUGCCCGUCAUCGUUACCUUCCCGUUCCUCUUCGCCGUCAUGUUUGGUGACUUGGGCCACGCCAUCAUCAUGCUCACUGCCGCCUUGGCCAUGAUCUACUGGGAAAAGUCGCUGAAGAAGGUGUCCUUUGAACUGUUUGCCAUGAUCUUCUACGGUCGCUACAUCGCCCUGGUCAUGGCUGUCUUCUCCGUCUUCACCGGUCUCAUGUACAACGACAUCUUUUCCAAGUCCAUGACUCUCUGGCAGAGCGCAUGGGAGUACGAGAAGCCCGAGCACUGGACCGAGGGCGAUGCGCUCGAGGCCCACUUGAACCCCAACGGCUACCGCUACCCCUUUGGCCUCGACUGGGCCUGGCACGGCACCGAAAACAACCUGCUCUUCACCAACAGCUACAAGAUGAAGAUGAGCAUCAUCCUUGGUUGGGCCCACAUGACGUACUCGCUGUGCUUCUCGUACAUCAACGCCAGGCACUUCAAGAAGCCCAUUGACAUUUGGGGCAACUUCAUCCCGGGCAUGAUCUUCUUCCAGUCCAUCUUUGGCUAUCUUGUCAUUUGCAUUGUUUACAAGUGGUCGGUUGACUGGCAGGCUGAGGGUAGGAACCCUCCCGGCCUCUUGAACAUGCUGAUCUACAUGUUCCUUCAGCCCGGAAAGCUGGAUGAGCGGUUGUACGCCGGGCAAGAGUACGUCCAGUCGAUCCUGCUGCUGCUCGCUUUUGUCCAAGUGCCCAUUCUUCUAUUCCUCAAGCCGUUCUACCUCCGCUGGGAGAACAGCAAGACCCGCGCCAGGGGCUACCGAGGCAUCGGCGAGACAUCCCGGGUUAGUGCCUUGGACGGCGACGACGAGAGCGACGCGCUGGCCAAUGGUCACGGCGACAGCUUUGACGAGGACGGCGGCGUGGCGAUGAUUUCUCAGAACAUUGAUGACGAGCACGAGGAGUUUGAAUUUAGCGAAGUCAUGAUUCACCAAAUCAUUCACACCAUUGAAUUCUGUUUGAACUGCGUUUCUCACACGGCAUCCUACCUGCGUCUGUGGGCCCUGUCGCUUGCUCACCAGCAGCUCAGCGUUGUGCUCUGGGACAUGACCAUCGGACCCUGCCUUGCAAGAGGAGGCGUGCUUGGUGUUUUCAUGAUUGUCGUCGGCUUCUACUUGUGGUUCUUCCUCACAAUUGCCAUUCUGGUGUGUAUGGAGGGCACAAGUGCUAUGUUGCAUUCGCUGCGUCUGGCGUGGGUCGAGUCGUUUUCCAAGUUUGCCGAGUUCGCAGGCUGGCCGUUUGCGCCGUUUUCCUUUGCCACUCUGAUAGAAGAGUCGGAGGAGUUGAAGAAUUACCUGGAAUAA